CAAUAUUAACGGUUACAGCUAUGACGUGGUAGGGGUAGGGAAGUGUCCAGACCAGUCCAGACAUGUAUACAAGACUGUACCUAUAACAGUAGCGUUGUGCAUCUGUAGUAAAAAAGUUAAAAAUGUUUAUUAUUGUUUUAAAGAAUUUCUAAAGUGGUUAAUUAAAAUGUCUAAUGUAUCAUUCAUAUUGGAUAAUGGUGCUUGUACAGCUAAAGUUGGACUUUCUACAGCUUCUCCAAAAUUGGUACCAAAUUGCAUAAUGAAAGCAAAAAGUGAACGUCGGAGACCGUUUGUAGGAAGUCAAAUUGAAGAAUGUCGCGAUGCAUCUGGACUCUUUUACAUUUUGCCAUUUCAGAAAGGUUAUCUCAUUAACUGGGAUAUUCAGAAAACAGUAUGGGAUUACAUAUUCUCAAAGGAACAGUGUUCUGCUAAUUUGAGUCAAAUGCCAUUAUUUAUAACGGAGCCUCAUUUCAAUUUUCCAUCGAUACAAGAAGCUAUGACAGAGAUAUUCUUUGAAGAGUAUGAUUGUCAGAGUAUACUGAAAAUUAAUGCAUCUGGCUUGUCUUGCUAUCAUUAUAGAAAUAAAAAUCCAACAGCAAAGUGUUGUAUAAUAGUUGACAGUGGAUACAGUUUCACUCAUAUUAUUCCAUACGUGAACGGUGUAAAAGUCAAAGAUGGAAUUAGAAGAAUUGAUGUUGGUGGAAAGCUGCUAACAAAUCAUCUCAAAGAAAUAAUAUCCUAUCGCCAGUUGCAUGUUAUGGAUGAGACAUAUGUAAUUAAUCAAGCCAAAGAAGAUUCUUGUUUUGUAUCACAAGAUUUCUACAAAGACAUGAACACAGCAAAGAAUAAAUUGGAAAUUAAUCCUAUUGCUAGAGACUAUGUAUUACCUGACUAUACAUCACUGAGGCGUGGAUUUCUCAGACAACCAGAAGCGCCGGGUGAACAACAGACUCUACGUUUAAAUAAUGAAAGAUUCGCGAUACCAGAAAUCCUUUUUCAUCCAUCCGAUGUCGGCAUUCAUCAAAUAGGAAUACCAGAAGCUAUAGUGGACUCUUUGAAGGCUUGCAGUGAAGAGACUUGGCCUCAUUUACUAGCUAAUAUAGUUCUCACCGGUGGGAAUGCAAAGUUUCCAGGAUUCCGAGAUAGAGUUCUGAAGGAAGUUAGGAGUCUCGCACCAUCACAGUAUUCAGUGAACGUUGUUCGACCGGAGGAUCCUAUCACCUAUGCCUGGGAGGGUGGAAAAUUGUUAUCACGAGAUUCAAGACUCUCCAGUAUGAUUGUAACAAAAGAGGAAUAUGAAGAAGAGGGUCAAGCAAUCUGUUAUGAACGAUUCGACAUCUAAUCUCAUUACAUUUCAUUUGUAAAUAUACUUUUGUAUUAAUAUUUUUAUAAUAAAGUAAGGUAAACAAUAUCAAGUAA